AUGGCCGGCUUUUGUGCGCAGAGUUUUCCAAGGAUGGUAAUUUGAUCCAGUCGGAGAACAUAUAUGCUCCAAAUACCGCAAAGCAUGCGUCUAUUUUCUUUGAAUCAUUAUAUCAAGUGCUUGAUCCCGACACCCCGACGGUGUUGUGUGGCGAUUUCAAUACUGUGGUGAUCCGAUCAAAGACCGUUUUGGUUGUCUCUCCCAAUCACCCUCGGUGUAUGUAAUUGGUCAGUGACUUUGCAUCGCUUGAUGUCCACGUACGGUUUGCACAAUGAAUGGCGUACAACUCAUCCAAAUACUCAGGAGUACUCUUGGCAUCGCCCCAAUGGCCGUCAAGCCUCGCGAAUAGACAUGUUUUGGCUUUCUGCCUUGCUCUUGUCCUGUGUCAAGCGUGUCGAUAUCCUUCCCUUUUUCCGCUCCGACCACUCCACUGUAUAUUUGGAGCUUUGUCUUCCGUCCGCCACCCAUCGUGGACAUGGUGUUUGGAAGUUGAAUACUCGGCACCUUUCAGAUGAGUCCUUCGUUAAACUACUGUAGUGUCGGACUUUUGGUCAUCUUGGAGAGUGUAUAAAUCUUCUUUCUUGUCGUUUGCUACGUGGUGAGAUGCAGGCAAGGCGCGACUAAAACAAUAUAUCCGUGAAUUUUCUAAGAAGAAAGCUGUCAGCCGUCGAAAGCUCAUUACAUCGUUAGAGCAUACCUUAGUUCAUUUGAACAAACGUCUGCUUAAUGGUGACGAGGUCCUUCCAAUCAUUGAAGAUAUUAAAAGUGAACUAGAGGCUGCUCAUCGAGAUGAAGCGAGUGGAGCCCGUAUUCGCGCAAACGUUCAAUGGACAGAAGAGGGAGAAGCCUCUACCAAGUAUUUUUUCGGUUUAGAACGUAAAUGUGGUCAACGCAGGAUCUUUACUUCAGUUAAAAACAUGGCCGGCACGGUGGUUUCUACCUUCGUGGGUAUCGCUCGGGCGUGGGUGGCCUUUUAUUGUUUACUAUUUAUAGCGCAGAGCCUAGAGCGAAUUGAACAAGACUUAUUCUUGAAUUCCUUGUCAUUGAAACUGUCCAUAGCUGAACAAAGUUUGUGUGAGCGGGAACUAACUGAGGGGGAAUGCAAGAGAGCACUGGAUGCCAUGGAUACUGGUAAAUCCCCGGGCCUUGAUGGACUUCCAGCUGAGUUCGAUCGACGUUUUUGUUCGCUUCUCGGAACUGAUUUUGUCAACGUCAUUAAUUUUGCUCAUAAUCAUGGACAAUUGUCUCCCUCGCAGUGA